AUGGAAGCGCCUGAAAGCCUGGGAAACAGUCAGGAUAUCCAUGGAGAGAAUGCCACUCUCACUCUGGAGGACAGAGAGAGCCAGGCUGGCUGGGUGAGAGUCAAAGUGGAGGAGAGCUGGUUCACUGUGGAGCGGGAUUUUCUUAUAAGUUAUAGUGACUAUUUCCGGGCUCUCUUCCGUUCUGGGAUGAGAGAGAGCAAGCAGGAUGAGCUUCACCUGAAAGGUGGAGUCCAUGCGAGGGGUUUCCUUAUUGCCCUUGCUGUCUGCAGGGGAGAGAAUUCUACCAUCAGUGACCCAGAUGAGCUUGUAGAAGCUGUAGAGUGUGCUGCUUUUCUUCAGGUUGCAGAUUUGGUCCAGUAUCUUUGUGAUAUCAUAGACUCAAACAACUGCCUCUUGCUUUACCAUGCAGCUGCCAUCUUUGGGGUGCAUAACUUGCUUCACCAUGCUGCUCUCUUUCUUCGUGAUGCUUUCGAUGACCUCAAGGAAGCAGCAGAAAGCACAAUUCCUGAGGAGCUGCUGCAAUAUUCUCAAACACUGUCUCCUGCUACUUAUGUUGCAAUAGGUACCCAUUCUCCUUCAAUGGAGCUGCUACAUGACUCGUUUAGGGUUGUUUGCUUCCUUGAUGAAAAAGAAGGAGAGUGGAAGCAUCUGACAAACCUUCCAACUCUUUGUAGCACCUCCAUGGCUGGUGUGGCAGUGGUGGAUAAUCGACUGUAUAUUGUAGGGGGAGUUUAUGGUUAUGGUAAAGACACAGUGGAUGGAAGCUUCUGCUACAACCCAGAUUCAGGGAUUUGGACUGCACUUCCAGGUCCCCAGCAACCGAGAUAUGAUUUCACCCUGCUUGGGUAUAAUAGCCAACUCUAUGCUAUUGGUGGAGAGGUCCAAAAAAGAACAAUUUCGACAGCGGAGAGGUAUGACACUGCAAAGGGUGAGUGGAAAUUUAUACAACAUGCACCAAGACCUGUUGCAUCUGCUGCUUGUGCUGUUGCACGUCGACGAAUGUUUGUUUGCUUCUGGAAGCCACCAGAUACCACAGACAUCUAUGAAUACAUACCACUGAAAGAUGAGUGGAAACUUGCAACAACAAUGAUAAAACCUCAAAGCUAUGGCCACUGUAUGGUAGCUCACAGGGACAAUUUAUAUGUGAUGCGCAACGGGCCUUGCGAUGACUUCCUACGCUGCCUAAUGGACUGCUAUAACAUCACGACAGGCCAGUGGACAGCCAUGCCUGGUCAUUACAUCAACAGCAAGGGAGCGCUGUUCACUGCAAUGAUAAGGGGAGACUCUGCCUUCACAGUCAAACACAUGCUAACUCUUGAGUACACCAUCACUGCAGAUGGAUGGAAGCCCCGCAGGCAGAUGAAGGGAUUUCCAAAGAGUGGCUCACUGUGGACAUGUUUACUUAGACUCCCUAAGACUGGACCAGUUACACCACAACUAGAUGUGGAGGAGAGGGGAGGAGAAAGGUACCUGCAGGACACAUCUGAAGGAUCUGUUGAGGCUUUACAGCACUUGUGAAGUUUCUUCACUACUUAAAAACAAUGUGAUUUAAAUAUAAAAGCCCAUUUAUGCUCAGUGCAGAAGGCGGAUAUGCAGUUGGACACACACUUUUGUCAGUAUCCUGCAUUG